AUGUUUGACGUCAGGGUGAACCUGGGUGAACCCUGUCCUGCCCCUGUGAGACCUUCGAGUAAUGAGGAUCUCGAGCCUGACUUCCAGAGUCCUCAGCCGGCCGGUCACCCAUCCUCAGCAGAUGCCAGCCCCUCACCCUGCAAUGAGACAAAUGGCUUGUUGUCUUUACCAUGGGAAAUAAUAUCCCACAUCGCCUCGUACCUUCCUGCACAGUUUGUCACCACUGUGCUGCCAAAGGUCUGCCAGACAUUGGGUUAUUUGGAAACGGACACCAGCUCUUGGCAACUCAGAGCACGUAGAUUAAUAGGAUCCCAAGCUGGCUUUCCAGUGGGGCCAAGGGAGGACUUUGACUGGCGUACUGCUUGCCUGGAGAUGGAGCAGCUGAUAAUCUGCUGGAAAGGCAGAGCGCAGCUUUUGCCCGGAAAGGUCCAACAAGAGGAGGAAAGUAAUCAAGUGAGGCAGCAGCAACAGGGGGGGCAGGACAGGGAACCAGGCGAAGAGGGACAGGAUGGUGGCAGAGAGGCUGAGGUAGAAGGGGCAGGGAUGGCUGUGCAGGAGGCUGAAUAUAGUGAUGGUGAAGAAAUGGAGGUGGUAAUAGAAUAUGGUGAAAUGCAGCCCAUUGAAGGUGAGGACCAACUAGCAAGGUUAAAAGAUGAUUUUAAUGAGAGGGUGGAGAAUAUAGGAGCACUGAUCGAAGAAGAAAGGGACCACAGGAUGAUGUUCGAUGCUCAUUGGGAAGAUGGUGCUCUUCAUCACCAAGAAAACUUGGCUGACCCUGGGAAUCUGGGUAAUGGAAGACAGGGAGAGAUGGAACAAAGUCAACCCUGCAGAAGUCCUAGCCCACCCCCAGCACUGGAACGCAUCACCAUCUCUACAAACCACAUUGCCUCAGUCAACUCUGUUCUCCUUGUCGGGGGAGAGGGGAAAGUUUGUGCCACAGCUUCCAGAGACUGGAAUGUUAAAUUGUGGGAUCUACAAGCAGGCUCUACUGGGACACUGCUGCGCACAUUGGGAGGAAAUAAUGCAUUAAACAAUCAUCAGGGAUGGGUCUGGUGCCUGGCAUCCCGAGGGUCCCUGCUGGCUUCAGGGGGCUGCGACAAAACAGUGAGGCUCUGGGACCUGAAGGCCGGUGGUGCAGUGGGGGGCCUAAUCAGAACUGAUUCUGCUGUCCUCUGCCUGUCCUGUCAGACAGAUGUGUUGCUGGCUGGUACAUUGAACAAGACGAUCACGAUGUGGGACACCAGAGCGGCCAGCCCUUUGGUGAAAAGUCUCUGUUUCCAUGGUAAGGCUGUGAUGUGCCUGGCUGCAGAUGACAAGUACAUUAUCUCUGGAAGUGGAGACCACACUAUAGCUGUCUAUGAUCGCAGGGCAGGCAAAGUCUUGAAGAAACUUCGGCUGAUUUCUUACCUGCGGUCCAUGAGCUACAGUGGCAGUGAGCUAUGGGCAGGAGACAGCAAGGGCAUGCUCCGCUCCUUUUCCAUGCAAGCAGGGACCUUAGAAACCCUGUCUAAGUUUGAUGUGGGACACACUGCUAUGGUCACUGAAGUCCACAGAUCUCAUGGGAGCCUCUACACCUGUUCAUCUGAUCGUACUGUCAAGGUACACAUCCCUUGUGCGCCUCCGAGGACAUUAUGCACACUGCAUCAUCAAUUUGGAGUCAGUGGGCUGAGUGUGGACGCUGGAGUCUUCGCUGUUGCCACAGGGGAUGUGUGUGUAGAUGUUUGGAGGCCCAGAAAAUGA